AUGGCGGAGCCGGGGGAAGCGGCGGGCGAGACGUGGGCGGCGGCGGCUACGACGAGCCAGGUGGUGUCGCGGCUGCUGAGCGGGCUGGAGGCGGCGGCGGCGGCCCCGCGGGCGGCGCGGCUGGAGGCUCUGGCCGGGCUGCGGGCGGCGCUGGUGGAGCGCGAGGUGCCGCCGGCGGCCCUGCAGGAGGUCUUCGCCCGGCAGCUGCUGCGCCCGCUGACCCGCUGCCUGCUGGCCGACCCGGCCGAGCGCUGCCGAGAGCUGGCCCUCGAGCUGCUCUGCCACUGCCUGGGCCACGGCACCGAGCCCGCCCAGGCCCUGCCCGUCCUCCUGCCCGCCCUCGCCCGGCGCCUCUGCGACGCCGCCCCCGGCGCCGGCGACGCCCGCGAGGCCUGCGAGGAGCUCCGCCUCGGCCUCCUGCGCCUCCUCGGCCUGCUCCUCCGCCUCUGCCCCGCCGCCGCCCUCGCCCCCUACCUGCCCGAGGUGCUCCGCGUCCUCCGCGCCGCCCUCCUCGACGCCUUCCCCCAGGCCAAGCGGGAGGCCUGCGCCCUCGCCGCCCUCGCCGCCCACGCCAUGCCAGAACAUUUUCACAUGCAUUCGGAAAGCCUGAUCAGCCCCUUAAUGCAGUCGGUUUCCCAUCAGCACUUCCGAGUCCGCAUUGCUGUGAUUCAGGCCACAGGAGCUGUGAUUCAGUUCGGCAAUGCAAAGUCUCUGGACGAUGUGCUUUCUCAUCUCGCCCAGCGAUGUUUCGACAGCAUCCCUCAGGUUAGAGAAGCCGUGAUCAUCGUCAUGGGGGAGUGGCUGGUGCAUCUACGAGAUCGGUACUCUUUCUUUCACAAGCUGAUCCCUCUGCUGCUCAGUGGCCUCGUGGAUGAAAUGCAUGAGAACAGGGAACUGGCUCUGAGUUACUGGAAGAAAGUAGGUUUGCAGUGGGAAAAAGAAAAUGAAGAUGACAUUAAAGAUAAACUGGACUUCUAUAGUGCACCGCCUUAUUAUCCUCAAGGAGUGGCUCGACCAGGACUGGGCUGCCGGGAGCUAGUGACGAGGCACCUCUACAGAAUCCUCCCUGGACUCUGCCACGAUCUAACAGACUGGGUCGUAGGCACCAGAAUAAAAGCCUCUCAGCUCCUCUAUGUACUGUUACUGCAUGCGGAGGACCACAUCACUCAGCACAUGGAGCUCCUCCUCAGGACUUUGUACCGUGUAUGCUCGGACGAGGAAAUCCUCGUGGGCCGGGAAUGCAUGAAAGCAGCGGAGCUGAUUGGCACUUUCGUUAGCCCUGCAGUGUCUCUGAAGCUGAUCUUGUCAGACCUCGAGAAAGCGCCCCAGCCUUCCCACCUGAUGGUUCUCUCUGCCGUGACACGAGGUUCCCCGAGAAAAGUCUUGCAGCCUCACCUGGGGCACCUGGCCGACACCCUCUCCCACCCGCACAUCAGUCAGUGCACUGCAGAGGUCUCUUAUCUGGAGCAGUUACUUGGCUGUGUGGAAGCUCUCCUUGAAAGGUGCCAAGAAGACUGUAAAGAAGUCAGUCUCCAAUUGAUGAAGAUUCUGGUGACCAUCAUGGCCAUACCAACUAUUGGACAUCUUCAUGAACAGAUAGAAGAGGCCAUGAAGUCACUGGCGGAGGUGCAGGGCUUGGUGGGCUUGGCGGGCCUGUACCGGCAGCACAUCUCCCAGCUCAUGCAGUGGGUCUCCUCAGCCCCCGACACCUGGACCUGCUAUUCCUCUGAGCUGCUGCAGCUGGACGUCAUCGCCACUCGUUCCGGCCCCGCCAUAGGUGAAGCCCUUCAGGAACUUUUUCUCAUUCUGAAAACGUGCCUUCAGACAUCCAAAGACCCCUUGAUGCGUUUGAAGCUGUUCUCUACUCUUUCACAGUUGCUUCAAGAGCCAAACAAGACUAUAAAUUCAGAAGGGCAGUUUUGUAACUACCUCGAGAUUGUGAUAAAAGACAUCCUGGCUCCUAAUCUGCAGUGGCACGGGGGAAGAACGGCAGCUGCCAUCCGCACCACAGCCGUGUCCUGCCUCUGGGCUCUGAUUUACAGCGAACUGCUCUCUCCAGAAGAGACUCUGAACGUUGAGCGUUUGCUGCUGCCCGAGAUCCUGGCCACGCUGGACGAGGAUUCCAAAAUGACCCGCUCGCUCUCCUGUCAAAUAAUCACGGUUUUCCUGGAGGUCAACGGGAAGCAGUUUCAACCUGAGAAGCUCACCACCAUUUAUCCUGAGCUGUUGAAGCGUUUGGAUGACGCAUCUCAUGAUGUCCGACUGGAAGCUGCAAAAGCCUUGGUCAACUGGUUCCGAUGUGUUGACAAUGACAAGAAAGCCCUGCUGAGAUCCAACAUUGAGUUUCUCUACCAGGAGUUGUUGGUUGAACUGGAUGACCCCAACCAAAACAUCCAGCUGGCCGUCUUGGAUAUUUUGAAAGAAGGAGGGAUUCUCUAUCCAGACCUGCUGGCCGAACAAAUCAAAGACGUCCUGCACAAACACCGUUCUCCGGUCUACCUAAACCAGUUGCUCUUACACAUUGAAUCUACUGGCUGGAGAUACUCCAAAUCCUAAAUAUUGCCCUUCAGCAGUGGACAAGCACCAUCUUAUAUUAGGAAUGGGGAAUCGUUACCACUGAACAGCUGGCCCUUCUGUAAAUAGUUUUUUUUAAAGUUAGUAGCUAUUUUUUAAAGAAACGGAAAACACAAAAUUCUAACUUUUUUUACAGGUUUUUGCAAGAACGAAUAUUCCAAGUAAGAAUGCUCAGUUUGUCCAGUUUGUUUUACAGUAUUUAUUGUUGCAGAUUCUGAGUUUAAUAAUAUUUAUGCUGUGAACCUUAAGUACCCAAGAGAACACUGCGGUUUGUCACCUGGCUGUGCUUCUUACAAAUCGCUACACAGCCACGCUUCUGGCGCCUCGUGGUACUGAAGAUCUCUUGUUCCAAGAAUUUUUCAUCGAUAACUCAAAAGACAUAUCAAGCAAAAGGAUAUUUUGUUUAAACGCUGAAAUAGGUUUAUGACAAUGUUGAUAAUCAACCUGUCAAGCACUUAUACGUUGAGCCUACAUCAGCUUAACUGUGAAGAGCAGCAGUGACACUUUCGGACAGGAAUUAAGACUCCGAGUAUAUGACUUAAUAUUCCAUUCAUGACUGAAUGCCCAGUUUGUCAACAUGGAAGGCUCAUAUGUAUCAUAAUAGGGUGGGCACAGAAAAAUGUAAGUGCGUGUUACCACUUUUCUAAUAUAAAGAUGUAAUAUCCUGAGUGGAUAUCAUCGUACUACUUUAGAUUACGGUGGGCUUGACCGUGGUGUUCACAGUCCAAGUAAUUUAAGAAGUCUUUAUCCCAAGGACCAGGUUAAACUGACAGUGAAGGAAAGCGUGUUAGUGGUGUUUCUCUCUUUAUAUUAGAUGUGAUGCGAUGCAGUCCAUAGCUGCAGGAUCUUGUUUUGUGUACCUCAGUGCCUUAUGAAAUUGGAUGUUCUUUUUUUUUUUUCUUUGACAGUUGCAGUAUAGCUAAAUGUAUUCUAAUUUUAAAUAACCACAUUUGUCUGACGGAAUUUUUUUAAUGCUUGACGUUUGGUGUAUCAAUACAGAGAGAUUUUUGACAAUG